AUUGCUGGCACCCAUCCAACAAAUGCCACUUGGAUAACGUAAUUCCAGAAGUCUCUAAAAUACACAAAUGUGUCACUGAGCUCAGUCAUUUUUGUUUAAAUCAAGGAUGAGAUGAGACGUCAUUUAUUUUCAGCUCCCAUGUCAUGAACCCAGAAAAGAUUAGAUCAAAUGUCUGGGUUUCUGGGAGUAGAGUAUAUAAGGCGUGUGUUCUGAGUGCUGCAGCAGAUCACAGACUUAAGACUAGGAGAUCACAUCAGUCGGUUUGAGAGAAGUGAGAGAAGAGGCAGAGACAAUGCUGAGCUGUCGGUCUUUCCACCCUUCACGUCUGUGCCAGCAGCCUGUGUACACAUUGUGGCCUGUUCCACACAGGGUCUGUGAGCCGCUUGAAUGCAACAUGUGGAAACUUAUGGAAGAAGCAAGAAAGAGCAUGAACUUCAUGGAUCGUGUUUUUGCGGAGCUGGCAAAAGAAUUUUGGGAUGAAAAACCAAGAAAUCAGGACAACAAAACUGAAAACAAAGAAGGUAAAAAACACUCAGGGGACAAGAAUGGAGAUGGCUUUUCUCUGUCCCUGGAUGUCCAGCGAUUCUCCCCAGAAGAACUGAAUGUGAAAGUACUUGGAAGAAAAGUGCUGGUGACAGGAAAAUACGAGAAGAAAAGUGAUGAUGGCAGCGGCUCUUACAGCUACAAAUAUGAAGAGUUCAGGAGAGAAUUUCAGCUGCCAGAAGAUGUCGAUGCUGAAGCUCUUAACUGCAGUUUGUCACAGGAUGGUCGGUUAAAUGUUCAAGGCCCACGCUUGGCACUGCCAGCUGUGAAUGAACGAAUCGUGCCCAUCAACAUCACCUCGGAUACAACAACCAGUCCCCAGCUAAAUCCUGGCCAAGAGGCACAGAAACUGGAGAGCAAGAAUCUUGAAGGGAACAAGAAAGGCUGAAACAAAAUAGACAUCUUAAGACUUAGUUACACUGAAUUUUUGUAGUUAUAAAGAACAACAAAAUAUUGCCAGAUGUGAGCACCUGUGAAAUGAGUGUCAUAAUGUUGAAAAGCUGAUAUUCAAUGUCCCAUUACUGUAGAUAAUUACUUGUUUUUUCCCUUUUUGUUAAAACAAUGAACCUUUGAGAAAUGAUCUAUGAUUCAAUUUGUCAACUCAAUAAAAUGAAAUUAUUGCAUGUA